AGUUACCAUGACGACAUAACCCUCAGCCUUGACAACAUUUCGUCGCUAACCAACAAAAUAAAAGCUUGUCAUGUCGGACCUGCUCAAAGACAGAGCUCUGAAGAAAGAGAAAAAGAUGGGAAAAGAUGGCAGACCAAAGGACUCCAUAAGCACUGUCUCAAAUGUGGAGGACCCCUUACACCACGAUGACACACGACUGCCUACUGAAAACACUUAUCAACUAGGACCUUAUAAACGUCACUCAGUACCUGUUAUCACGGAAAUACUAAAGGAUGUACUCACUUGUUAUCUCCAGCAUGAAACAUAUGAAGCUGAGUGGUCUCGACAAAUGACAAAAACAUUAUGUGAUGUGAUCAGGGCGCGUGUGAAGGAGCUAAUGAUCCCGAGAUAUAAGACUGUUGUUAUAGUUAAUAUAGGACAAUUAAGUGGACAGGGCAUGCAGAUCAGCAGCCGCUGCCUCUGGGAUGCAACCAAUGACACUUUUGCCACCUAUUCAUUCAAAAACAGCUCCUUGUUUGGAUUAGCAAUUGUGUAUGUUGUAUAUUUUGAGUAAGUGGGACUGUGUGUUAUUACUAGAGCAUGUUUUAUGUUAUGCAAAAUGUACAAAGAACUCAGAAACUACAAGUGAUUUUAUGUUUUUACUAACUAAAGAUAUAAAAUUACAUUUAACAAACAAAUUUGUGAUCCUUAAAGCUAACUGGGAUGUGCUCCCUCAGCAGAGUAAAGUUAGGUCACUC